GUUUUUCACUGUGCUUCCUUACUGUCUGCUGGUGAAGCCAUUUAUAAAAAUAUAAAGUUCGUUUUCAGAGAAAAUAGCUACUUUGGAAAAAGAGAGAGUUCGGGUAUAUAUAUGAUCUCUCUUGCCCCUUUCCCGAAAUACAAGCCACCAUCUUAUCAAAAGUGUUGCUGAAGUAAAAAUGGCUGGAGAUAUAUCCAUAUAUCAUGGCUACUACCACUACAGCAGUAUCAGGAGACAAGGACAUUGUUGAAAUCAGUGAACAUAACUUGCCCAGUUUAGAGACUGUUAGUCAACUUGUACAAGAUGACACGGCAGGAGCUAUCGCUACCUUUUCGGGAUUAACACGCGAUACAUUCCAAGGCAAGAAAGUGGUUCGACUUGAUUAUGAGGCGUAUAUACCCAUGGCAACAAAAGUCCUGCAUGACCUCAUUAAAGAAGCCAGAGAGAAUUGGGCUGUGAAACAUGUGGCUAUCUAUCACCGUAUCGGCACCGUGCCUGUAGGUCAAGUGAGCGUAGUAGUGGCCGUAUCAUCUGCCCAUCGAAGGGAGGGUCUACGUGCAACUGAAUAUCUGAUUGACCGUUUGAAAGAUCGCUGUCCUAUCUGGAAAAAGGAAGUGUAUGAGGAUGGCAGUGUCUGGAAAGGUGCAUGUGAAGGAUGUCGAUUCAACAAACAUACCCACAGCAACAACAACAACUAGGCUUGUUUAUACAAUACAUCUUCUUUACAUAAUACAUUGUAUUUUAUUAUAACAU